GCUCUGCCCAUGGAGCUGCCGAGCUAUGUGAUCAAUGCAGUCUCGCCUAUAAAAAGCCAUGGCAACUGCUUCUGGGCAUCCAGCUAUCUCAGCGCCAUGGCGGGAAGGAUGUACCUCGGCGUCUGCACCGUUCUGAUGGCGAUCGCUGUGGUGAAAGCUGCCUCCGGCGAGUCGGCGUCGGUCGUGGUCGGCCUGGCCAAGUGCGCCGACAGCACGAGGAAGAACAUGAAGAAUGAGGCGGCUUUCAAGGGACUUCAGGUGGCAAUCAAGUGCAAGAACAACAACGGCGAGUACGAGAGCAAGGCUGUCGGCGAGGUCCAAAGCUCCGGCACCUUCUCCGUGCCCCUCGCCGCCGAUCUCCACAGUUCUGACUGCUUCGCGCAGCUCCACAGCACCGGGAAUGUGCCGUGCCCCGGGCAGGAACCGUCCAAGAUCGUGGCAAUGUCGGGCGGCACCUUCGUCGCCAUCCCUGGCAAGACGCUUUACCCAUCGGCAGAGUGCGCCUCGGCGACCAUCUGCGGCUUCAAGAAGGACUUCUUUGACCACUUUCACAAGAUACCCGUGCCGGAGCACCAGCCUGCGCCGGAGUACCACCCCGUGCCUGAGCACAAACCGGCGCCGGAGUACCACCCUCCCACACCGGAGUACCACCCCCCGACGCCGGAAUACCACUCUCCCACGCCGGUGUACGGGCAUCCCACGCCGACUCCGAUCUACCAUCCUCCGGUCCAGCACUGAAUAAGUUAUAUUCCAUGAGAGGUUAUCAGAUAGUUCGCUAUGCGUACACCACAUCUGGAAAACAUGAACAACAUAUGAAGUCAAGCCGCGUUGCUGAUUAUUUUGUUAUCUAUUAUUACUAGUGCAUGGAGAAUAAAUGUUGUGAGAAUUAGUUGUGAGGUUGGGCUGGGUGAUUUGUUUAGCUUUGAUAAAAGUGGAUUGUGUGUUUUUCUGUUUAUCCUCGGCAAUGUAAACUGCAUGUUUUCCUCCGUGAGCGAUUUAUAUAUUAUGCUAUGUUUGACA